AUGCCAACCACCAACCCCUACGAAACGAAACCCGACCUCCUCCCCAAGGACGACCCCUUCCUCGCCCGGAGCACGCAGUACGGUCGCUAUGCCCCUCGGGCGGAUGAGUUUAAGCCUCGCUACGCCAAGUGGUGCGAAUCGGAUCCCGAAGCGACAUCGUAUUGGGAGGGGACUGUGAAUCAGUUGUGUACGGCAAAGUAUUCGUUGAAUGCGCCCGAGGGCAGGGAGGCUUUCGCUGCGGGCAGCGUAAUCAUCAGAGUCGACCAAGAUGUGGAUGACACGGCGAUUGAUAAAUACUCGUGCGUGAAUGCGAAUGAGUUGAGCGCUGCGCGGAAGGCAGAGGAUGCCCUCAGGGAGCUGGGUGUCGCGGUACCGGUCAUACAUUUCUGUGGGACGAUCCACGGGAAGAACGUUACCGUCGAGUCUAGGAUCCCUGGCGUGACUCUAGAGGUGGCUUGGAGAUACCUGACCGAGGAACAGAUCGACACAUUCAAGCAGCAGUGCCGUCGCAUAUCGCAACGCUUGGCAAGUAUCGAUCCAUGUCCGGAUCAACCAUCCUACGUAUGCAGUGGGCUCAACUCGCAUUUACCGCCCGAUGCCGAGGAAUCCGAAAAGGAGUUGUUGUUCCACGAGAAGAACGAGAACGAGGCUCUCUGUCUAGUUCACAACGACCUGGUCCCGUCGAACAUCGUCGUGAGAGAAGGCAAGGUGGUGGGCGUGACUGGUUGGCGACAAAGCGGGUACUUUGGGUUUGAAAGAGCAGACGAAAUACAUCGACGGUUCAGGAUUCCGGCGGCUACAACCAGCUCAGAGGGGGACAAUGUUCCGGAUAUGUGGUCUGACCUCUACGGGGGCCUUCUCGGUACCGCGCAGGAAGAUACCUCCACCGUGAAGCAAGAUACCCCAGUCCCUCACGUCAAGACGGAACCCUCCAACACAAAUAUAGAGGGGGUCCCGUUGGAUGGAGAGCCCGAGUCCAAGCCAGGAGUUCCCCAACUCGACGGUCUCGCCGGAGAUUAUCCGACCCCGAAGAACAUCGCCAGUCUGAAAAACAGAGGGUCAUCCAGAGCUUCAUCAUCGGAUCGAUCAUCCCCCGCGACAUCCACGAAACCUCCGGGUCGGAAAUCAGCGACCAGCGCGACCAAAAAGGGCACGGGGAGAAAAAUGGCGACCAAGAAGAGGAAAUUGAACGAUGCCGACAACCAAAGCGUGGAUGGACGUUCCAACACCCCUUCUUCUCGCACUGGUAAGACACCCGGAGGACGGAAACGAGGCGCGGCGUCCGUAGCAGGCUCACCCGCUCCGGGCAACAAAAAGAAGGGCAGCAAAAACGCCGCGACAGAGGAGGUCGAGGAGGAGGACGACGACGAGGAAGAAGAAGAAGAAGAAGACUCCGAGGACAACGACGAGGUGUUCUGUAUCUGCCGCAAGCCCGACAAUCACACGUGGAUGAUUGGGUGUGAUGGGGGCUGUGAGGAUUGGUUCCACGGGAAGUGUAUCAACAUCGAUCGGAGAGACGCGGAUCUGAUCGACAAAUACAUCUGCCCAAACUGCAAAGAACAAGGCAAAGGCUGGACAACAUGGAAGCCGAUGUGCCGGUUAAAAGAAUGCCGCAAGCCGGCGCGAGUCAACCAGAGCAGUCCGAGCAAGUAUUGUUCCGACGACCACGGCCGGGAAUUCAUGCUCCAACGCACCCGGAAUCUCCUGGGCCUGAAGCCCCGCAAGGGCAUCACCACCGCAGGCCGAACGCCCACGAGCGGCAUCCAGUCCGUUGAAGGCACCAGCCGCGACGGAACCGAGACGCCAGACCGAAGAGACCCAGAAGACAUCGGCAGCAAAGGCGGCGUGCUGACGGCCGGCGACCUCAACGCGGUAGUCACGGGCGUGACAUCCGCGCAAGAGUUCCGCAAGCUGGGCGAAAACAUCAUCUCGCUCCCCGCGGAGCACGCGAAAGAAAACGAGACCGAGAACGCGAACGAAACCAGCAACGUCGACGCUACAGCCCAACCGGCGCGCGACAAGAAACUCGGCCUGGACUUCGACGUCGACUGGCUGGCGUACUCACCGGACGAAGCGUCCAAGAUCGAAAAACUGCGCAAGCAGCGCGACGACCUCCUCCAUCGCAAGGAGAUGCUGCGCGCCCGGAACACGUUCAUGACGCUUGUGCGCCAGCGGUCCAAGAGCAUCCUGGAACUGCUGAAGCAGAACGACCCCAAAGGCGGAUGGAAGGACAUCUGCGGGUUCGAUGCCCGACUGGCGUGGUCGGACGAGGAGUUCGACGAGUGGCGGCUCUCCGAGCCCGGGGCGAAGGCGCUCGAGGAGGGCACGCCGGAGGCCCUGGCGUCUAGCUAUCCCGACGCGACGGACGCGGACGGCGACACGGUCAUGGACGAGACGAAAGACGACCUGGAGAUGCUGUCCCGGGGCGUUUGCACGAAGAAACGCUGCGAGCGUCACAAGCAGUGGCUGAAGGUGCAGCAGCAAGACGAUCAUUUCGAGGAGACUACGCUUGCUCUUGAUCUCAGUAAAUGCGAGAAGGAGGCGAAGAACGUGGUGGAGAGAGCGGUUCUGAGGAUGUGGGCCGAAAAGGACAACGCGCAGAUGCGGGGGCAGUGAAGUUAACUGUCUGUCUGUCUGUCUAUCUCUCUGCUUCAUUCUAACUUUUCUCUCUUUUUCACCUUUCACAAUUAAACCUACUAAUUGCUUGGUUGAUACCCCCCUCCUUCCUCCCUGUGUUUGUCUGGGAGAAGGAAACAAAAAAGCAGAAUGCGAACUGGAGUUAGUCUCGAGUGGGUUUGGUUUGAAAAAAAG